AUGGCACAGAUUGUCAGCCUUGCUUCCUGUCAGUCCAUCCAGGGCAGCUGUGGCCUGGCCCAGGUGCAGACAAAACUGACUGAGGGUGACACCCCUCCCUCCUCCUCCCGCUGUGGGCCGCUCUUUCUCUCCUCUCCUCGCGCCUCUCUCUCUCUCCCCCCUCGCGCGCUUAGGUCCCUCUGCCCCGCUCCAUCCACGGCACAGCUUUCCAGCCUACUUUGCGCAUGUACGGCCAGUCACACCGAGCAUUGCAUCGACUCCAAGAUGGCGAUAACACGGCUGGCUUGCCUCCUGACUCUCCUCUCAACUCACUGCUAUUUCAACGUGUUAGCAGUGGUACUACGAACAAACAACGAAUCCCCCUGGACCGAUGAAUUUGAUAAAAUCGAAUUAUCUUGUUUGAUUGAGUCCAUUUCAACACUAAACCCCAGGAUAGAAUGGAAGAAGAUCAAGAACGAAGGGCCCAGUUACGUGUACUUUGACAAGAAAGUGUCAGGUGACUUGGAAAACAGAGCAGUUAUCAGGGAACCAGCCACAUUAGUGAUCACCAAUGCAACCAGGUCAGACACGGCAAAGUACAGGUGUGAAGUGACCGCCCCCGACGACCAGAAGUCCUUUGAUGAGAUUGUGAUUGACCUGACAGUGAGAGUGAAACCAGUGAUGCCCAAAUGCAGUGUCCCUAAGUCAGUGCCCGUUGGGAAGUCGGCAGAACUGAGCUGUUUGGAGGAAGAGGGUUUUCCCAAAUCUCAGUACCAGUGGUUCAAAAACAAAGAGGAGAUCCCAGACGACCCCAAAUCCAGCAGCAAGUUCUUGAACUCCUCGUACACACUCAACGCAGACUCAGGAACGCUGAAUUUCAUUGCAGUCCGAAAAGAGGAUGCAGGUGAAUACCACUGCAGAGCUAAAAACGACGCAGGUUACGCAGAGUGUCCAGCUCAAACGAUGGAAGUCUACGACAUCGAUAUUGUGGGAAUAAUCUUGGGUGUGUUGGUGGUGGUGGUGGUGCUCCUGUGUAUAACAGUAGGAAUCUGCUGUGCAUACAAAAAAGGCUAUUUCUCUGGACAGAAACAGGCAGGAAACAAUUACAAAGUCCCAUCGAAAGGAGACGGAGUGGACUAUGUCAGGACAGACGAUGAGGGAGAUUUCCGACACAAGUCCUCGUUUGUGAUCUGAAAACGCAGAGCUGAAUACGUGUGCUAUGUGCUGAGACAGAGACAUGGCAAGUGCAACCGGCAAAUAGAGCCAACACACUUCAUGCUCGCGGCACCACGGAAAACUACUACAACUACUCAAGUUUGCCAAAGGUGACCAGUAUUAAUCCAGUAUUCACGGGACAACGUCAAGAAGCAAAUAGGGACUUUUAUUUGUUAUCAUUUUAAGUUAAACGUGUUUUUUUUCUUUGCAUGGUUUUCAAUGGUUCUACAAUAUUCUGCCAAGUUUGAAAAAGGACAACUCAACCUAUCAUUUCUACCUUUGCCGUUUGUAUAACAUUUAUUUUCUACUUUUGAAAAUUUGUCAGACUAUUUUUGAUGGAAUAUAUUUUAAAAUGCCUAUAGAUAAAGGUUUACUUUUUUAAAUAUUUGUAAAUUACUAACAUGUGUUUUUCUUUUUUUUAUUUUGGUUGUGGGUAAAAAAAAAAAUGUGUUAGACUUAACCCCUUGGUGAGAAUUUACACCUUCGCAAUGGAUUGAAAGAAAGGGUUUGGCAAAUGAAAUAGGACUUGUAUUAGCAUAUCAAGACACGAUUCUUGAUGGGUGGUCUUACAUAUGGUAUUACAUAUAAUUUCUGAGCUGGGUCGGAGAUGCCCGGUGUUAUUGAUACUUUGCAGUGACAUCAUGCUGGGGAAAGGGCUUCAUGUAUGUCUGUGGAGGAAUGUUCAGCCGUUACCGUGGUGACGCAAUGCACACAUUAGAUUGAAUUGUCUAAAAACUCGAGAAAAUGCAACAUGGAUCAAUGCAAGUGCUUAUGGUCAUUAUAAUUUGAGAGGAACUUGUUUAACAGUACAAAAUCAGUUAAUCAUUUCUUUAUUUAAUAGUUUAUUUGAACAGGGACAGAUACAACACAGAUUAACAAUUUAGUAAUCUGAAGCAGGUAUCACAGUGUUAUAUCCUAAGAUAAUUCACAACAUCCGUCAUCAGAAGGGCUUUUAAAAAUGCUCAAAAUUCACAAAAAAGCAGUUAGUUCUUUAGAUUGUGUUAAAACAAGGCUCAGAUAAUAACUUGAAAAACAGAUCUUUAGACAGGACAGUGCCUCCAGUUAGCGUCGCCCACCUCCACCCCCAAUUUUGAUGAGACCAGCUGCAAAGUAUCAAUUGUGAGUUAGACUUCCAUGUGGAUGUUUGUAGAUAGUCUUAGUACGAGGCUUUGAUGAGUGCCAGUCAAAUGCUGUGAAACACUGUACACAAUGAGUGCUGCGUUUUUUGAUUUACGUAAGUGUCCUUCUAUGCUUGCUGUUGAUCUUGUAUAUAUGAAGUUACUGUCCAGGAUAAUAAACAGUGUUGGGAAGAAUACUAAAACUAAAUACUGAACACCUGCAUUAAAAAGUAUUUUGUUGCUUAGUCCAAAUAGAGUACUGUGUUCUGAAUACUUCACUUUGAGUUACGUUAUAUUGUAGUGUAAAAAACAUGACGUAGGAUUAAAAACUGCUUUAUAUUUGUUGCUGUCCGCUCUCUUUUCACUAAUACUGUGCAGUUUGAAGCGUGUAUUCCAUUGAUUUUAGUAAAUGAAAUGAAAGAGUGUCAUCUGAAUGCUCAAAAUGAGUAUUCCGAAUAUGUAUUUUUGUUUUUAGUCACUUCCCAACACUGAUAAUAGAGAUGUGCCGUCACACACAAUGUUCAGUAUUACACUCAAAGAUGAUAAUACAGGGUUUGGAAGUUAACCCUCCAGAUCGAUUUUUAUUCAUUUUUUAAGAUUCAUAUUCCAGCCGCAGCCACAAGGGGUCAGCAAAGGAACACUGUGAUUUAUAAGGGCUUUGUUCCUCAUGGAUUGAGCAUUUACCCCUGAACUAGUAAAACUGUCAAUUAUAAUCCAGGUCUGGGCACUAUUGUGAGAUAGGGCUAAAUUCCCAACAGUGGUAAGAAUACUGCCAAAGUACUGUAGGUACCAAACAAGAUUUUUAUAUUUAUUCUAAAAGUGACAGUAUUUGAUGUCUGACGUCGAUCCUGGUUGUUUUUUUGUCUGUUUACAUGAAAUGCUAACACUUGCUAAUACUAAACCUAGCGUAGCUUUCUUUUAGUGUUGUGGUUUGACUGAUGCUCGUAUAUAAUGUCCUCAUUCCUCCAGGCAAACCAAUAGUUUCCAAAGCAGAGGUGGGUAGAGUAGCCAAAAAAAAAAAAAAGUACUUAAGCAAGAGUAAUAUUACUUCAAAAUAAUAUUACUCAAGUAGAAGUACAAAGUAGAGGCACUGGAAAAAGGUAUUUGGGGGAAAAGUACUGAAAUGAUGGUCAUCUUCUGGGUCUAGCAUCUGAUUUAUUAUUUGAAGUUACUGUAAUUUGAAUGACAAAACAUUAUAUAAUGAAGUAAAAAGCACAAAUGUUCAAAUUAUGUAAAUAACACUUUUGUCUCUUGUGAAAUUACAAUGGCAAGACUUAACAAAAGAAUACUGUUACGCUGUCAAAUAUAUUACUCAGUAGUGUAAGUAUGGUGUCAGAUAGUUAUAUAUAAGUAAAUAUAUAUAAACUGAGUACUACCCACCUCUGUUUUCCAAUAAGCUGAUCGCCGUGGUGUGAAUUUAGAAGACAACUGCAUAUUAUGGGGUCUGGAGGGUUAACACUUGUACUGAUUGUAUAUAGACUUUCUCUAAAGAUUAUGUAAAGUUGUGAGAAUUGUACAAUUUUGUGUUUUGAGGCGAUAUGAAACUCUUUCCAUUUGACUGAAUAGAGGAGGUAACAUUUGAGAUUUCAAAAUGGCGGUCAUGACCAUAUUUAAAGUGGAACUAAACACAAAAAAAAAUCAACUUUUUUUGCCACUGAACUAUGUAUAUGGUGGUGUAAAAGCAUUGUUUACUUUUCCUAGUCCGAUUUUAGUGCAGACUCGGUAAAUUUGCAGCUUUCAAGUCAAAAACUGUCAGGGUGUGUGCUGUGUUCACUGGACACUGCAAUUUCAAGUACUACAUGACAUCACAUAUGACUGCUCAUUACAGCCAGGUGUUUCUGAUGAACAUUGUUAUUAUACCCCCAGAUCCCACACCACCUGCGCCUUAAUUCUCCCCUUUAGUCCUCCAGGUACAGCCCAUUUUAGCAGCUCUAUUUGAAACGUGGCUGUGGGCAGAGUUUAAGUGUUUAGUCCCACUUUAAAUCCAUGAUGACUUUCUGUAGGCUGGUCGGUUGAAAUGUUCCCCAAUGUCAUAUUUGGUAGAGACGAUCUGCCCUACAUUUGCACAUAGGAAGUUUUUGACAGCAGUUUUACUAAGACAGAACCAAGAGCUGUAUUCAAAAGUGCUCAAAUAAGUGUGUUUUGAGAGUAAAAAUACAAGUUAUAUUGUCCUUUCAUUUGUCCAAAUCUCAUUCCUCUUAAGUGCCUUCUGCCUCGGAUAAAAAAAAAAACAACAACAACAACAAAAUUUCCCUGCUUUUCUCCCAAAAUAAAAAAAGCUUGUCUCCAUUGAUUUAAAACCUACAAGUUUGGCGUUUGAGAGGAAUGACGACACCGCAAGCUUCCACUUCUCUUCUUUACAUAUCUGCAAACUUGUAAAUAAUUGUUUUUCAUAGAGUUGACUAUGUAGACAUAUUGAAGUCCUAUAGAGGUUUAUUAGUGCCUAAAUAUAGUGGGGAUAUUUUUGGUAAAGACACAUAGAGCACUAUUAGGCAUAAAGUGUGCACCCAAAGCAGGCGUGCAUUACCUCUGGUUUAUAACUGUGGAAAGAAUAAGACAAAUUAUGAAAAAAAAUAUAGGUUGCGUUCACGUUCUUGAAUUAGUUGAUGGUAUAAUCUCAGAUGGUGGGCAGGGGUCGAUGUAACUCUAUGGGAGAUUCACUGUUUUUUGAAGAAAUAUCCCAAAUAUAAAUCUUUAAACUCCAUGGAAUUUCCAAUCUCUACUGAACUAAAGGUAAAAGGUAACUGUUAACUUGAAAACUACUGCUUCAUGACAUCACAAGUUGGAACAGAGCAUUUUGAGCUUUAGAGAUGUACACAGACUAAUAAUAACAGGUUACUCAAACGUGUGAGUGAAACAAAAUACAACUCCAGGUCUGUUUUUGAUGAGAUAACAACAUUAUAACACGGCUUAAAGCUCACAAGAGUCAACUUUGCGUAAUUUCGGACAUUUAAAGACCUUUCAGCUGACAAUAAUCUUGUCUUUGGGGUUGAAUAAUGGCCCUACUUUCUGAAGCUGUUGUGAAAAAAUAAUUUUACCUUUUACAUUGACAAAGAAGACGUUAAACUUUGUGCCAGUUUUUGUUUCAUGUGGAUAGGCCCAGUAUUUACAUAGAUAUUAACCAUAAACCAGGUCAACACAUCUGCAAUCUGACAGUUACAGCCAGUUCUACCAUAGAAUUCUGCCUUGUCUCCACUUCAAUUUUAUGACGUCACACGAACCCGACCUUUUAUUACAAGUUAUUAGAAACCAGAAUUGAUGCUUGGUGGGUUUUCUCAUUCACACAGCAGUCUCGUAUGUAAUUGGAUCAGACGCAACAGGCCGCAGUGAUGUAGUGGUCUACUUUAGAGUUUAAAUAGAAACAAAAGGAGUGAUAGAUGGCGGAGUGUUGCUCUGGAGGAGUGCACAGCUGAGAUAUCCACCAAUGCUGUUUUUUUUAAAUGAGAUUUUCUGAACCAAACUCACUCAGAGUAGAAUGUCUGUUUAGGGCCUGCUGGGUUGUUGUUUUUUAUUGUUAAUUCUUGAAUCAUUCUCUUUGUGAUUAAUAAAAUUCACUUCUAAUAUUAA